AUGGUGGUGUUGCUGGAGGCGAACAGGGUCACUGUCCUGUACAGUCAAACGUUCCCAGAUGGCACAGUUGAGGAGGUGAACUGUGUGGCAGAUGAAAUGACCAAACUUGUAGAAGAUGCCAGUCCUGAUGGCUUUGACGACAAAGGAAUAAGUGGUAACGACGACCUGGGGACCUACGUUGAUAGGUUCCUCGAUGCCGCAGAGGAGGUGGUCUUUGGGGAGGAGGAGUUGGCGGUGUUGUUCAGCCGCGGCCUCAGGGAUCCUCUGUCACCAGCGGAGAUGAGGAUGCUGAGACCGCUGGACUUCAAUGUCGUGUGGCGGUAUGCCACGAACAGGUCGGAGUCCAGGGUCCCAGUUCAGUCCUGUUUUCCAUCUCCGCUGGUCGCUAUCCCGGAGGGUCGUACCCUGCAGGUCGGGGUUAUGGGCAUCGCCGCUCCCUCCGCCUCAUCCGCAGCAGCUUCACCGCCACCAUCUGGUCUCCGUGGCAAGCGGGGGAGGAGAACUUCUUCGGGGUCUUCCUCUGAGGCCUCCAACCCCGAACCAGCUUUGCCCUUCACGUCCUUCCUUCAGCCGACCACCAGACGGGUGGCUCGGCUGAAGAAGAAGAGACAACGGAGGGCAGACAGGAGUCCUGUGGAAUCUCCAUUCCCUAAACUUCCAGGCAUUGAGCAGUGCUGCACACCACAAGGACAGGAGAGAAUCCUUUGUCUGGCCUCACUAUGGUAUUCAGUUGAUGAGUUACCAUCUGAGCCUACAAAUGACAAAAUAUGCGCUGAGUACACCAAAUAGGGAAGGUGUUAUGCGCCCAGGUGAGACCAUGUAUUGAAUGAAUUUGCCCGGAGACAAAGGAACAUCCCAGCAGGCUUUGUACUUAAUGCUACUCAAAACCAUGUGAGAAUGGCAGAGAGAUGUUGCCGCCCUGCUACCAAGAACUCUUGUUUCCUCACCGAGCGUAUCCAGCUGACAGGCUUAAAGGUUUUUCUAAGGUUUCUCUCCAACGUUUGUAACAACCAAGUGAAUUUGAAAGCUUACAGAUGGGGAAUGACGUCAUACUAUGCAACUAUCUCUAGCACCCAUUGUAUUAUUGCUCCUCUAACAAGCUUUCAGAAGUUUCUUUGCAAUGAAUCAAAACUGGAUGCCAUGACUGAGGAAUUCGGAGGGUGCUGCAGGAAACCCGGCCUGGAUACGCUUACCUGUCUGGAUGCUUUGAAAAGACAACCACGUCUGUCUCCAGAUUUAACCUUCUCUCAUCCCAGCUCUGCGCAGGAGACCAACCACAGGGAAUUGACAGGUGGUGUGACAUGA